UGGUCGGUACGACAUUGAAAUAUUUCCAACAUUCUUUCGACUGCGUGGUAAAACAUAUGAUUAUAAAAUUCAGCAAACGAGUGUCGGAAACUUAUUUUUAUUACCGAAACUCGAUGAUCUUCAUGAAAUGUUUGUUAUUGGCCUUGACCCUCCAUUAAGACAAGGUCAAACGCUUUAUCAUUUUUUGGUAUUGCAGUUUAAAAAGGAAGAAGAAAAGGAGAUCCAGCUAAAUCUUGAUGACGAAACUGUUCAGAAGGAAUAUGGUGGAAAACUUGAACCUCAAUAUGAAGCACCCGUAUAUGAGGUCUUUAGUAACGUUUUUCAUGUACUGGCCAAAAAAAAGAUAAUCAAGCCAUCAGGCUUUAAAAGUCAGCAUGAUGAAGUAGCGGUCAAAUGCUCCCUGAAGGCUAAUGAAGGAUACUUAUACCCACUUGAGAAAUGUUUCCUGUUCAUUCCUAAGCCACCAACACUAAUAAAAAAUGGUGACAUAGAUAAACUCAUGCGCUUUCAACUCGUGUUUAGAGUGUCUAUGACAGGUAACGCUGGAAAAGGUGCGCUUACGACAUCCAGGACCUUUGACGUGAAGUUUUGUAUGAAAAAAUUUGAUCAUCUGGACAGUUACUUUCAUAGUAAGAAUAUAAGAACAGAGAAUGAUACCGAAGAUAAAGGUCAACAAGUUCUUGACGAUUAUAGUGAAUACUUCGGUGGAGAUUCCGAUGAUGACUUGAAACGCGAUUCAAAGCGAAACGAUGAAGAUUCUGAAACCGUGGAUGAGGAUUUCGUUGAUGAAGAUUCCGAAAGCGAUGUAGCUGAAGAAUACGACGAGAACUAUUCAGGAGUUGGAUCUUCCACGGAGGAAGAAGAAUUGCCAAAGAAAAAAGUUAAGGUGUCCAAGUCGAAAUCGGCGAAAGCUUAG